AUGAGUACGAAAGAUUGUAUCGCAUUUUUUGCAGCCUUACUUGUUAUAGUCGGCGGUAUAUUGUUGGGAAUAUCAAAGUCAUUAUAUACAAAAUGUGUCGAGAACUGUGACAUGGAUCUGCUCACCUCAUUUGAAAAUUCGCCGCCGUAUGAUGAUUAUUCUAAUUGCAUUAAUAAAUGCAAAAAUAAGCUUGUUGUUACGAUAAGCGUCGGCAUUGGUUUAGUGGUCAUUGGACCAAUAUUGCUCUUUGUAGCUUGCACGUCGUACAAUCAAGGCUGGAAAAGUCGUACGGAUACAGCAUUACCAGUCAUUAACCCACAGCCAAUUAUUGAACCGCAACGGCCACCGGCUGUUAUCAUAUCUAUCGAAAAAAAAUAUCGAUAUGUGUUUACUCAGAAUUGA